UAGUCGUGUAGUUUUGAAUCGGAAAGAAUUUAGACUUGCAGGAGCACGCAGGUUGCCUACGGUUUACCUAAAUACAUCUAAAGUGCCGGGGAAGGGAUUAAAACAAAAAAGGAAAAAACGCUCGUUCGUCUUGUUUUUUAAUAUUUUCUUCGUUUUUUUUUUAACUAUUUGUGUACACGUGUACAUAUAUUUUGCUCGCUCUCAAUACGUCUGUUGGCCCAAUCCUCCGCUCAAAAAGGUGGUUAACGAACAAUUUAAAUUGGAAAUUUUGUGGCUUAAUAGCGAUUUUGAGUGCUUAAAUUAUUUGCUUCUGGUUUUUCACAAAUAGCAGCAAACAUUGCCUAAAGCUGAAACAUGUCCAUGCUGUUGAAACGUUCAAUUACCCCUGGAAGCCGUCAGGCUCCCGAUCCGUUCGACCAAUUUCUCGAGAGCCAUUUCUAUUACCGCAAGCACACAGCCAGGGAUGCAUCAUGCCUGUUCCGAGUUAUAGCCGAGCAGAUGUACGACACCCAACUGCUGCAUUAUGAGGUGCGUUUGGAGUGCGUGCGCUUUAUGACACGCAAGCGCCGCAUCUUCGAACAGCAUGUGCAAGGCGAUUUUGAUAGUUAUUUGCAGGAUAUGGCCAAGCCGAAGACAUAUGGGACCAUGCUGGAGCUGCGCGCAGCUUGCUGCAUGUAUCAUCGCAACGUUGUCUUCUUUGAGCCAUUCAAUUUGGGCUCACUUGUUACGUUUAACAAGAGCUACCCGGACAAAUUUCAGGUGUUUUACACCAAUGAGUUUCAUUUCGAUUCCGUCUAUAAGUUGAGCGACAUUCAAGAUGAGGCCAUUUGCCAGGCAAUAAGCUUUAAAUUGCUUUACAAGAUGCUCUUCAAGCUGCCCGAUGUCAAUUAUGCCGUUGAGGCAAUGCUGAAUCCGCAUACCUUCGAUUGGGGCAACUGUCAGGUGGAGAUGGGCACUAGGGGCUACAUGAAGAGCAUUUACUGUCGCGAUGGGCGCACCUUUCAUCUGGAUAUGCCCGAGGAUACCCAGUGCAUACUAGAAGACUACAAGCAGUGCAAUUUUCACAACACGAAUGUGCAAAACAAGGACAACACUCCGGCAGCAGCUGCAUCAUCAUCAUUAUUAUCCAAUUCACACGCCUUUGAUAUGGCGACGAACAAUUUAAUAACAAUUCGCAAGAGCUUGGAGUUGACGUUUGUGUGUCCCAAUCGCUUGAAUUCUUGUGUGCGUCAGUUGCUGGACGAUGGCAUCACUCCUUUUCCAUACAAGGUGGCCAAAGCGCUGGAUUCUUACAUUUAUCGCAAUAUUGAGUUUGAUAGCUGGAAUGAUAUGCGCAAGGAGGCCAAGCGGUAUAAUGUCUAUGUCAAUGACUACAAUUUUAAGACAGGUGCCAAAUGCCACGUGGAGUUGCUGAUAGAUGACGACAGAAAGAUGUACACCUGCCACAUUCAAAAGAUUUAUACCAACAAAAAUUUUUGCAUUGUUCAUGUCGAGAAAUUUGGAAAACAAAUAUUGGUCCCAUACGUGUCAUUGCAUCCGUUGCCGCCCGACGAGUUCCAGCCGUGGUCGGUGCCAAACCGCUAUCGGCGACAGGCGCACGGCAUGCACAUAAACAACAAGAAUAUGCCCAAGAAUAUGUCCAAUAUGACCAAGUUUAAGAAGACCAAGCUAUACGACAUCAACUACUUUGGGGCCAGCAAUUGCGAGGUUAUGCAGUAUAUGCAGCUGGAAAACUACUUUGGCAGUCACCCGUUGUACAACGAACAGCUUUCCAAUUCUGCGCAGCAUGGAUCCGAGCGAGUUGACCAGGCCGUGCAGCGGGAGCAGCAUGCACAGGUUUUCCUGCAGCAGUCGCCGGCGCCCCCGCCGUCUCAAUCAAUGGAAGCUGAAACAGCAGCAGUGCUGACACAUCUGCAGCAUCAGCAGCAACAGCCAGGAGCGGCUCAGUUGGCCAUGGCUGGGUCAAUGGGUCACGGUCAAUUGACGACCCCAUGGCUGGGCACGCCGCUGCCACUGCACCACCUGCCCGAGGCAUAUCAGGCGGGUGUCUAUCCGGGACUGCCGCCGCCGCAGCCUUCAUCGGAUGGCAUGUUCAUGCACUUUGGCGGCUAUGCGCAACCGAUGGCGCAGCAGUUGCCGCCCGUUCCGCUGCAGUCACCGCUGCCGCUGCCGUCAUUUGCAACAACACCAUAUAUGGUUGGGCCAACGCAGCAGUCACCACCACUGCCGCCGCUGAUGCUGCCUCCACUCAACUGCAGCAAUAGCAACAGCAACAGCUGCUCCACAAGCAGCGUCUCCAGGACAAUCGCAACGCGCUACAGCGAGGCCCAGUUGGAGUCGCGUCGCGCUGCUCUGCAUUCCAAUGCCGAGGAUUUACAGUCGGAUUUGGUUGCACUACACUACUACAAGAUGGGCCACAAUGUGCAUACGCGCAUGUCGCAGAUCCAAGCUGCUCCCAAUCCCAACCCCAACGAGCAUUUGCGCAUGUAUGGCAACGGCAUCAAUCACAACCAAUCGAACAAUCAAAUCCAUUGCAAUACUGAUCAACUGCAAGUGGCGCCACAAAAGCAGCGCAAUAACGAAAGUUUGGCAUUGGUGGCCAACUCCUCGUCUACACCGCCGCCCUCGCCAGAAGCAGCAGUUGCUGUGUCCAGCACUGAGCCAGCCACUGAGAAGAAGGUGCGCACUCGGCCCAAACGCGGCAACAAUUGCAACAAAAUGCGUUCUGAGGUGCGGCCGGAGCAGCUGCCCGAUCUCGGCAAUGAUCAACAGCAGCUUUCGCAUGCAAUAAUGUUGCCAACGCCGACGCCAUCGCCCAACACUCAGGGCAAUAAGUUCAACUUUUAUCCGACGCCUCCAGCAGCAUCUCAACAACAACAAGCACAGACAUUGCCGAAUGCGCCGAUGCCGCCUUCGAUGUUCUUUCCCGCCAGGAGGACUGGGCAGAAUCCAUAUGCAUGGCCACCCGGUGCAGCCAAUAUGGUUGGAAUGCCAUACGAGAUGAUAAACAAUUAUAAAAUGGAGCCAACCGGCAGCGGAGGCGCCAAUGCACAAAAGACUUCGCCACCGUCAACCCACGGACCACCACGACACUAAAGAGCCGACCCGAUUUCCACUUUAUAAAGAAUGAUCAAUGCACAUAUUAAAUAUGUGCUUUACCCAUUUGUACUAUAUACACACACACACACGCCAUAUACCACAUACAUAUAUAAACCAUGUAUUUAGAUCUAAGGUCAAUAUUCUAUUGCAUUAACAACUUUAAAAUUCAAUUAGCCAUUUUAAAUUUUUAAGUGUAUAUAAGUAGAUAACAUUUUAAAACAAAUAUUUUGAACUAAAUCCAUAACAAAGACAUAAGCAAAUACAUUAACAAUUUUAAACAUGUAAUUUUUGAAUUUUUAUGCAAUUUUAACAAGGCUCAUUUAAAAUCAAUUUAUACACUUUUAAAAUCAUUUCGCUUAUACACAUACAACCGCUUCAUACAAGAACUUAAAAAAAACACUAUAUAUCAUUGUUAUUUUUGCCAAUAUGUUCUGAUAACUAAAUUUAGAACAUUUAUACUUUUGAGUCGGAAGACGUCUGCUUUAAUGCCACAAAAUUAUGAAUACCAUUUGCAAAGGUAUCAAAGCCAAAAGCCAAAUGUUAAACUAUUCACACAUCAGUAUUAAAUGUGCCACGAAAUGUAAAAAAAAAUGUAUAUAAAUUUAAUUAUAUUUCACACAAAUAAUAAAAAUGCAUCUUUGCAACAAUUGGCAAAUAAAAACUCAAGCGCACAAGACAAAAAA